AUGGAGGCAGACCGUGAACCAGUGCACCAGGUAAUUCCCAGGAAAGAGAGAAGCUCAUUUAAAUUUAUGGAGCAAAAUUUUGUUCCAGUAUUAGAAGAUGUAUGUUUACAAGUUCCCUCCCUUGUGGUGAGUCAAGAAAAGAGAAGUUGGAGGUUUACUCAUUGGGCAUUUACAGCUUUGGGUCGAGUUCUUCAUUUUCUAAACACUAAAAAGAUGGAAGAUAUGGACGAAGAAGCGUGUAAUCAUCUUCAAAGUUUAUGGGAUGAAGUUAAUGCAUUUGGGUUUGAUUUGACUUGGUUAGAAUUUCAUGUUGAAUAUGCUUUGGAAAUGAAAAGUUAUAAAGAGAAUGAUGCUAUGGAUGUGAAAAAGGUGAAGGAGAAUAUAGAUGCAUUAGAGAUUGAAACAAAUUGGUUGAGAAAAGUAGUGAUAAGUAAGGAGAAAGAACUUGAAAUGGCAGGAAGGAACUUGAUGAAAGAAGAGCGCUUUGAAGAGAACAAAAACAAUUUUGAUAAGAAAUUAGGAUAUGAAACUUAUUAG